CCAUUUUCCUCACAACCAACACAAAACCAAAACCCUACUUCAAAUCAACUUUCUUGCAACCAUCAUCUCUUCCAACUUGGAUCAAAUCGAUAAAAAAAAAAUUUAAAAAUGGAUAGAGUGAGCAAAAUGGUGUCGGAGAAGCCGGUGGUGAUCUUCAGCAAGAGCUCGUGCUGCAUGAGCCACACGAUUAGGUCUCUCUUUUCGGACUUUGGGGUGAAUCCGACGGUGUACGAGCUCGACGAGAUCGCCCGGGGGCGGGAGGUGGAGCAGGCGCUGUCGCGCCUCGGCUGCAACCCCACCGUGCCCGCGGUGUUCAUCGGCGGCGAGUUUGUGGGCGGAGCCAAUGAGAUCAUGAGCCUCCACCUCAAGAGGUCCUUGAAGCCCAUGCUCAAGAGGGCUGGGGCCCUCUGGGUCUGAAAUUUUACUAUUAUAAUAUUUUUCUAAUAAAAAUAACAAUGCAUUUUCUUUUUUGCAUUUUUGAUCUUUUUUGUGUUGAGAGUGGGAGUAGUUAGAGAGAGAAAGAGAGGUUUUUUGGGCUCUUGAGUUUGCUAUGCAUGUAUGUAUGUACCCAGUUAAUCAGCUUUUUUUAGUAAAGCUGUACACUUAUGUUUUCUAAUGUUGUUAAUUAAUAUAAUUAAAGUUUUAUAUAUA